CCUAAACAAAAAAAGAAUGUAUUUGUGCUUGUGUAUGUCUUUCUUUAUACUCCAAAAAAUACCAAAAAUAAGACACUUUCUCAUGGUUUUCUUCAAACUUAAUUUUACCAUCUCUUCUUCUCUUCUUAAAGCCACUGAAGAAGAAGAACCACUAUCAGGAAGUAGGAAGAGAAUUUGAUUGACUUUGCAUUUUGAAAGCGUCAAUGUUAGCUAAUUAUUUAUAAACGUUCUAGAUUCGCUCACUCUGCACGAUCAUAAUUGCAGAUCUGGACCAUACACACGAUAAGCUAUCCUGAGUCCCUAAUUGUCAAUUCCCACAGUUUACGACUGAAUUGUGAUGGGAUAUGGCGGCACCAGAAACUCAGCUCAUGCUAAGCAUUGGAUUAAUUGAGAAAGACUUGAAUGCAGACACCUUGUGGGUGUGGUGCUAUCCCUCAGUCAGUGCUGAGCUCCGAGAGGUCCUGCUCAGUAAGUGCUGUCUCACACAGGACAGCCAGGGCCUGAACACCUUUGUGUUCGGCCAGUUCUGCCGUACCUGGUACUACAUAUCCACUGUAGAGGUGCAGGAACCCACCACCCUAAAGAAGGUCACACAUUUUUCGAUAGUUGUCACAGCAAAGGACUUCAACCCUGAGAAGUAUGCAGCAUUCAGUCGAGUACUAUGCAGGAUGUACAUCAAACAUGGGAGCCCAGUGAAAAUGAUGGAGGGUUACAUUGCAGUCCUCACCAAAGGCAUCUGCCAGAGUGAUGAGAAUGGCUCCUUUCUCGUCAAGGACUACAAUGUCAGGAAGGCGUACUUAGCAGGCUCAGUGAAAGAUGUGGUGUCCCAGUUUGGGAUGGAGACCAUCAUCCUGUACACAGCCCUUAUGCUAAAGAAGAGGAUUGUGGUCCAUCACCCUCGGAUUGAAGCACUGUUGGAGUUCACAAGAGCUCUUCCAGCUCUGACAUGGCACAGGAAAGACUGGUCCAUUCUGCACCCUUAUGUCCACCUGACUGACAGUGAGCUAGAGAAUCUCAGGACAUGCACUGGAUAUGUCGCAGGAUUUGUUGACCCACAAGUGAGCAACAGAUCGGACUUGUUUGAUGUGUAUGUAAACCUCCCAGAUAGUGAGAUCACUGUAUCCCAGAGUGCCAAAGAGGCCAUGGCUAUGGGAAAGUUGCACAAAGACAUUGGCCUCGUCAUUGUCCAGUCUGCAGAGGAUGCUGAUAGAACAGAUGGGCAGGUUAUCAAGGACAUUUCCAUAAAGACGAGGGAGAUCCUUGCUAACCUGGCGUCCUUAGCUGAGGAGUGUGAGAACUCAAAAAUCACCCUGGAGACCUUAAAGCAGCGUCACUUCCCGCCUGCUACCGAGAACUUCUUGUUCCACUUGGCAGCUGCUGAGCAGCUCCUCAAGAUAUGACCCUUGACCUCCUACAUCAUCUGUUGUGAGGUCACUCUGAAUAUUAGCAUGGGCAUUCAUCUAUGUAAUUAUACAUACAGUGCAUUCGGAAAGUAUUCAGACCCCUUGACUUUUUCCACAUUUUGUUACG